ACCCUGGCGGCAGCGUCUCCAGAUAAGCGUGAGCAGUGAGACCAGCAGCAGCCGGCCCACCUCCUUUGUCGAGGAGACCAGCGUCACCAACCUGAGCAUAGUUAAAGAGCAGGAAACUGGCGAAGAUCAACCGGACCACCCAUCCAUCAGCCUGGAGGUUCCACCAACCUCGAUGACCGUCGAGGUCGACGACAACGAUACCGGUGUCAGCGCGGGCGUCAGACUACUCCGCGCCCAGAUGGCGAGCGGAGAGCUGCGGUACGGCCCCUGCGUGCGCAAGAUCUCGAUGGCGACGGAGGAGGAGCUCUUUUCCGUGCGGAAGACAUCCUUUGUGCCGACGAUAACCUCCAAGGGGGACAUCGAAGACGACCUCUGGUUCGAGGAGUCCAUCCGAGCCACGGCCCUCCAGGUGUUUGUACCGUUCCUGGCUGCCGGCUUUGGAACCGUUGGUGCUGGUCUACUCCUGGACAUGGUUCAGCACUGGCCAGUCUUCCAGAAGGUCACGGAGCUAUUCAUUCUGGUGCCUGCACUGUUGGGCUUGAAGGGGAAUCUGGAGAUGACCAUGGCUGCUCGCAUGUCCACGCAGGCAAAUUUAGGCCACAUGGAUACCCUUCGGGAGCAAUGGAAAAUGGCCAGCGGGAACAUGGCACUGGUUCAGUGUCAAGCGACAGUCGUGUCUCUACUGGCAUCCAUCUUUGCCAUGAUCAUGGGAUUCAUCACGGAGCGUCGCUUCGACACCCACAACGCACUCAUGCUUUGCGCCAGCAGCUUGGUCACUGCGAGCGUGGCCAGCCUCGUUCUGGGCUCGCUCAUGAUUGGCGUCGUGAUCCUGUCACGCAAGUACCACAUAAACCCGGACAACGUGGCCAUACCAAUUGCGGCGUCGCUAGGGGACAUCACCACACUUGCCCUGCUCGCUGGCUCUGGGAGUCUGCUUUUCAAUGGCACCGAGGAUGUCCGCCUCUAUGUGUGUGUGGUCAUCUUCUUCAUGCUGUUCAUUCCACUGUGGGUGCUCAUAGCCCGCAGCACAACCUACACGUCCGAGGUGCUCUGGAGCGGAUGGAUUCCCAUCAUCUCGGCCAUGGCUAUCUCGAGCCUCGGGGGAUCCAUCCUGGACAUGACGGUGCCAACGUUCGAAAACCUAGCCGUCUUCCAGCCCGUGAUCAGUGGUGUGGCAGGAAACUUGGUUGCCAUCCAGACGAGCAGGCUCUCGACCUACCUGCACCAGCGGACCAAGAUCGGGACACACCCGCACUCGGCCGGCGUCUGCAUCGACCCCUGCUCGGCAUUCUUCGGCAAAGGUCGCAAUGCAAGAACUGCCAGAGUGCUGAUGAUGAUGGUCCUGCCGGGGCAUCUGGUGUUCACGUACACCAUCAGCUUCCUCAGGCCGAGCCACAUGUCCAUCACGCCCGUCUUCUUGCUCGUCUACUUCUCCUCGGCCAUUUUCCAGGUAUUCAUCCUACUGUACCUGUCGCGCUGCAUGGUCUACUGGAUGUGGGGCCGCAAGAUCGACCCGGACAACGCGGCCAUCCCGUACCUGACUGCGCUGGGUGACCUGUUUGGCAUCGGCCUGCUCGCGCUCUCCUUCCACUUGCUCAGGGCUGUGGGCGACGUAAACGCCGCACCGCGCCACGCUCGAGACCACCUCUGGGAUGACCUCCUGCCCGACCUCGCUCCGAGGAACAUCUCCGUGCCGUUUGCUUAGAAACAGGAAUCGCUACUUUGAUAAAGAAAAGUUCUUUAAGUAA